AUGUCGUCUCGGUCAUGUGAUCAGCUGUGUCCAAUCACAGCUGAUCACAUAAGUGCCAUGAUCAGGGCACUGAUGAUCAGAAGUGCCACCUGUCAAUGCCACAUAUCAGUGCCCAUCUGAGCUGCCUUUCAAUGUCACCCAUCAGUGCCAGUCAGUGCCACCUAUCAGUGCCAGUCAGUGUCGCCUAUCAGUGCGCGUCAGUGCGGCCUGUCAGUACCGCCUAUCAGUGCCAUAUAUCAGUGUCAUGUAUCAGUGCUGCCUUUCAGUUCCCAUCAGUGAUGCCUGUCAAUGCCCAUCAGUGCAACCUACCAGUGCCUCCUCAUCAGUGCCCAUCA